CUCUAAUUGUAUACACGAACUGUUUGCUGUGUAUGCCAUUCAAAAUUUAAGCCGUAUUAGGUAGGGAAAAAGAAUUACUUACAUAUUUCACGAACAACGAACCCGCCUGGAAAAGGAACACAACACUGGAUCGCUAUGCAGAGGGUACCCCAAUUCUCGGAUGAGCCACCCCCGUCCUACGAGUCCCUGUACGGUAAAAUCAAACGGGCCAAGGUCGAGUCGGACAACAAUGUGGGCUUCUUCAGAACUGUGGCUGGACUGCUGUUUGCUUCAGUGGGCUGUACCAUCUGUCUUGUGAUGGUUUUGGCCAUCCCGGUAGCUAACAUUGUCAUUGGUGCCCUUUACCGAGACAAGUGUCCCUUGGAGCGGUUCAUCCCGAUCUAUCUGAUUGUGUCCGGGGCCGUGGGAAUCGUCUACAAUGUGUUCGGGAUCCUCCGUAAGCUUGCCAAGAGCAGGAACGGGGAGGGGGAGGAGGAGGAGGACCGCCCGGGGGUCUUCACCAGCAUCUGUAACUGCCUGUUUGGCUGCUUCCUGUUCGCCUGGUUCAUCGCAGGUAACGUUUGGAUCUACAGUAACUACGAUGACUGGUCCAAGGAUCCAAGUCACGUGGACAAGUACUGCCACCCCACGUGUUACCUGUACGCGUUCUGGACAACGACCGCCGUCUACAUCAUGACCGGUGCCACCAUUGUACUGGGGUGCUGCUCCGCCUGUAUUGCUGCCUGCUGCAGCUGUUUCCAGGACUAAAGGACGAAAGAAAGGGAGAGAUGUUUUUACCGAGACAUAUCGCGAAGAUCGCCGCGGGUUUUUACAUACAAGUAAUGUUUUCAUUGACAAGAAUGCUAAAUGAUGCUGCAUUGUCUGAACUAAAUGACAAGAAACAGAGAGACAGAAGAAUUGUUGAAGACUCUACAUGUUGAAAUGUUGACGUGUCGAUGGUUACUUAUGUGGAAUGAUUUGAUUUGCGCUCAGUCGUCUAUGUUUGUUUGUUUUUUAAUGAUUAUCAUAAUAUUUAAUCCCUAUCAGUUACUUUUUUCUUUGAUAUAUUACAGUCUAUGAGAGUGUCACGGAAGUAAUAUUUAUAUAUACCUGUAUAUCUAAUGAAGAACUACGUGAUCCGGUGUUUUACUGGCAAGGUUCCAUAAACCUUUCCAUCUUGUUUACACUGUACAUGUCUUGUUGUAUUGUGUCAUUGUAUAAAGUAUUGAAAUUAAAUUAUUUAUCUAAG